CUGGUUAUCUUCCGCCUGGCGACCCUCCAAGUAGAGCCGCUGCAAGGCAAAUCGCUCUUUCGAUUGCGGGGCCUGGCUUCAGUAAACUCGCAGCCCGCGGCGCCCUUCCGUCGGGCUUCCCCGCCCGGCUCAGCACCCAGACGCCCGUCAGCGCUCCCGCCGUGGCUCGCCGAUGAGGCAGCGUCCUGCCGGCGAGCACGGUCGCUGCGGGGGCUGCGGCAGUAGGGGCGCCACUGCGGGCAGAACGGCGACCCAGCAACACUUACCGCCGUACCCAGUGGGCGGGUGCCGCCGGAACCCCAGCCGGCGGUAACAACCACCGCCGCUACACAGCAGGGCGGGGCUCUCAUAAUUUGCCCUUGACCGAGCGGCAGCGCUUGUGCAAAACUGGCGCCUGUGAGGCAUCACUGCCAUUAGUUAGGCCUACAUGGGCUGCGGCGCGAGCACCGCCACGGGCGCCGCCGGCCGCAGCGGCGGCAGCGGCUCCAGCGGGCAGACCGGCGUGGUUGAGCCCGUGCGGCGGGUUCGUGCCGCCCAGCCGCCAGCCGCAUCCACCGCCGCAGGCGGCGGCGGUGGCGCCGCCACCCGCACAGCCCGCAGCGGCGGCGGUUCCCCGGGCGUCGGUGCGUCUGCUGGGGCGGCGGCUGGGGCGGCGGCGGGCGGCGGCGGCGGCGGUCCGGGUAAUGCUCGGUCGGGUCAGUCGCAGCUGGCUAGGGGCUAUGGCGAGCUGCCGCUGGAUCUGCCGUUGGAGCGGUGGGACGACUACCAAGUGCGCACGUGGCUCCACACGCUGCCGCCGGUGCUACAGCCGUACACCGAGCUGCUGUGCAGUCCGGGCGGCCUGCUGCUGCAGUGGGACGAGCAGCUGUUGACGGAGGCGGGCGUCGCCAACGCUUUCCACCGGAAACAACUGCUCGAGUACGUCAAGCAGUUGAAAGCGGACGUGGCAGCCGCCAACAUACAACUGCUCGCCAACCGCCAAGCGGCGGCAGGAACCGGCGGCGGCGGCGGCGCGGGCGCGCUGCCGCUGCGCGCUCGGAGCCAGGGCGCCGCGUCCAACGGUAACGGCAACGGUUAUGCUGUCGACGAAUCGUACGGCGGUUACGACAACGACCCAUUGGGUGACUCGGAACUGGAGCUGACAGAAUCACCGGCCAGCGAUGUCGGCGGCGGCGGCGGCGGCGGCGGCCAGAAAGGCGGCAGCGCCGCCGCCGGGGGCGGCGGCCGCAUCAGCGGUGGCUUUCUUCCCGGCAGCAUUAUGAGCCCGCGGGGCAGUGCGGAGCGGCCGGGACCUGCCAUCGGGUCUGCGGCGACGGCUGGUGUGGCGGCGGCGGCGGCGACAGGGGCGAAGCGGACCAAGUCGGCGGCGGCGGUGCUGCUGGGCGGCGGCGGCGGCGGCGGCGGCGGUAAACCUGGCGCCGCGGGGACGCAGCGCGCGCACAGUGCCGCUGUGGGCACCGGCAGCAGCAGUGGUGGCGAUGACGACGAGGACGAAGAGGAGCAGGAGGCGGGCAAGGGCAAAGCUGGGGCGGCGACCUCGGGGGCCAACAAGCAGCAGAAGCUGGGCGGCGGGCCUGGCGGCGGCGGCGGCGGCGGCUCGCCUGCCUCCAGUGAGCAGCUGGGUGCUGCCAAGGCGGGGGAGCAGCUGCUGGUGGACUAUGAGGCGGGCAUGCUGGAGGGCGGCCUGGGCGCCCUCAAGCAGUUGGUGGCGGCGGCCGGCAACCUGUGUCCCUGGCCCGGCGACGCCGCCGCCUCGCUGCUGUCUGGGCUGCUGGACCUGGGCGAGAGGGCGCUGGUCAACAGGCGCAAUUGGCGCCAGCUCAACGCCAGGGCCGUGGACCUGCUGCAGCUCAUCUCCUCCAACAGGCGGCUUCAAGCCGACACCAACCGCUACCGCAACCUUAUGCACCGCCUCAUCAACACACUCAAGGCCAUCCGCGAGGCCUUCACGGACUUCACCAACCGCAACUGGCUGAUGCGGGUGCUGGCCGCCGGCCGCGACGGCGCCGUGUUCACACAGCUGUGGGCGGCGCUGGGGGCGCUGGUGGCGGACGCAAGCCUGGGGCUACAGGUGGAGGCGGCGUCGGGUCAGGAGGCGUCUCACAAGCUGCUGCGACGCCUGCAUGCACGUCAGCUGCGCUAUGACGACGAGGAGGCGGCGUUGCGGCGCCAGAUCGAGGCGGCGGGCGGCGUGGAGGCACUGGUGCGCGACCCCACACGACUGGCCCGCGCGGCGGCGGGGCUGGGCGUGGGGCAGCAGCUCACACUGCACAAGGUCCAGGAGGCGGUUUCGCUGUUGGAGGCGGACCGGUCCGAGGGCGUGCACUCGCUCAUCCCGCACCCCGACCUGCGCGUGCUGUGGCGCCGCUGCUUCAGCCCGCGGCAGGACGUGACGUGGCCGCUGUGGUGGGCGGCCUUCCCGUCGGAGCUGGCGCGCGUGCCGGUGGAGGCGCAGGUCAUUUCGGCGCUCGCCGCCCGCCUGGCUGAUCCGCGCCGCCGCGCCGCCAUGGAGCGGCGGCUUGAGGCGCCGCCGCCCGCGCCGCCGGGGCGAGUGAGUGUGGUGGAGCUGCGGCGGCACGUGCCGCCCGAGGCCGACUUGCAGGAGCUGGUGGAGCGGCUCACAGCCGACCGGCCCUCCCUGGACGGUGCCGGCAGCAGUGUGCGCCUCAGCCGGGCACCCACUGACAUGGGCGCAGCACGGGCCGCCACCGCCGCCACCGCCGGCAGUGCCGCCGCCGCCGCCGCCGCCCUCGCCGCCGCCUCGGCCUCAUCCUCUGGCGGCGGCAGCGCCGCCGUGUCCGCCGUCGUGGCGGCGGCGCGGGCGGCGGCGGCGUCGCGGCGCGCCAGUUGUGAUGACGGCGGCGGCGGCGGCGGCGGCGACGAUGGCGACGACGAUGAGUCAGACGGGUUGGUGGUGCCGCCGCCGCUCGUCGAGGCGCGCUGCCACCUGCCGCCUCUGGACGGAGAUCGUUUUGUGGGACGAGAUGAUGACGUGCAGCGGUUGGCCGAGCUGCUCGUCACGCCGCAAUCCGCGUCAACCGCCAACGGUCACAAAGGCGGCGGCGGCGCCGGCAGUAACGGUCACAACCACACCAACGGCCUCCCGCCGCGCCCGGGCAGCGGCAAGAACGCGACCAUUGGGCGACAGGCCGCGGACGCGGCAGCGGCGGCGGCGGCGGGCGCGCCGCCGGCGGUGUGUGUGGUGGGCGAGAUGGGCUCCGGGAAGUCGUGUGUGGUGGUGGCGGCGGCGCGGCGGCUGUGGGAGGCGGGGGCGCUGCCGGGUGGCGCCUACUACAUCGACCUGCGGGGAGUGGACUGCCGGGCGGAGUUGGCGGCGCGGUUCGCCGCAGCCCUGGGCGUGGCGGCUACAGGCGGCGGCGGAGGCGGAGGCGCAAAUGGAGGCGGAGGCGGAGGCGGAGGCGGAGGCGGCGCCACAGCUGGCGCAAGCGCCGCUGCAGCCGCAGGCGCAAGCGGCGGCGGCGGCGGCGGCGGAGCGAGAGGGAGCACUGGCAGCGCCGCCACAACCACCGCCGUACGUGCUGCGCUGCAGUCGUUGGCGGCGGUUGGACCGUUACUGCUCGUCCUGGACGGCGCCGACUGUCUGACAGAUGAGCUGUACGACAACGCGCCGCCGCCGGCACUGGAGGAGACGGCGGAUGAGGCGGCGGCGCUGGCGGCGCCGAUGGUUGGCGGCGGCGGCGCCGCCAAUGGCGGCGGCGGCGGCGGCGGUGUGGCGGCUGACGGGCUGUUGCGGCACACGGGCGCCGUGUCGGGUUUGACGCCGCCGGACACAGAUGUGGAGGGCGCGCUCGGCGAGAUCCUGGGCUCCCUGCCGCCGGGGCGCUGCCGCCUGCUGCUGGCGGCGACCGAGUGCGUCGACUUCCGCGGCUCUGCCGCCGCAGGCGGCGGCGGCGGCGGCGGCGGCGGCGGCGGCAGCCUCGGUCGCGCCGGAUACAGCGGCGCAGCCGCCGCUGCCAGUGGCGGCGGCGGCGGCGGUGGCGGUGGCGGUGGCGGCGGCAGCCUCGGUCCCGCCGGAUACAGCGGCGCAGCCGCCGCCGCCAGCGGCGGCGGCGGUGGCGGCGGUGGCGGUGGCGGCGCCGGUCUGCCUGCCCGCCAUGUGGAGCCGUACCACCUGGGUCCAAUGCCGGCGGCGGCGGCGGAGGCGCUGGUGCGCGAGGUGGCGGGCUGCCUCAGUCAGGAGGAGGCGGCGGCGCUGGUGGCGGCGGUGGGCGCUGGCUCGCCACUGGCUCUGCGGCUGGCGGCGUCAGCGGUGGCGACGGGCGCGAUGUCGCUGAAUGAAACCAUAUCGCGCGCGCGCAGCGCCGCUGCGGCGGCGGCCGCCGCCGAGGCGGCAGCGGCAGCGGCGGCGCUCAAUGCGUCGCCUAGCGGCGGCGGCAGCGGCGGCGUUAGUAGCGUUCCGCGGGAGCCGCCGACGCCGAAGCUGCUGCGGUCGCUGUCGCCGGUGCCGCCCAGCCGCUACGGCCGAGGGUCUGGCGGCGGCGCGGGGCCGUCACUGCCGCCAAUUGCGGCGAGCACCGACACAAGCGCUGACAGCGGCGGCGGCGAGUCGGCGGCGGUGGUGACGCUGACGCUGCCGCCGGGGCUUGCUCCGGCGAAUGGCUCGGCUUCCGAGUCGCCGACGGCGGCGGCGGCGGCGGUGGCGGCGGCUGACGGCGGCCUGGCGCCGCCGGUGCUGACGCCGACACCCAGCGGCCUGCACGCGGCCCACGGCAGCGGCGCCGGCGGCGCCGCCGGCGGCGGCAGCAGCGCUGGCUACCCCAGCGCCAGCCGCCGGCACCCCCACCAGCGCACCUUCUCCAUCGCCAAAUCCAUGUCGUUCCUUCUGCAUACAUCGGGCGGCAGCAGUAGCAGCGGCGGCGCCGCCGCGCCCAGCGUGUUGGGCGGCCGCGCCAGCAACGGCGGCGGCGCCGCCGCCGCCAACAAUCGGACCAUGGGCAGUGGCGCCGCCGUGGCGGCGGCGCUGCUGUCAGGGCUUAGUCAGGAGCACCGUACGGCGCUCGUCCAGCUCAGCAUCAUGCCGGGCGCCUUCGACGAGGAGGCGGCGGCGGCGCUGCUCGGCCAACCGCCGUACGCCGUACGAGCGUUACUGGACGUACUGCUCGGCUACAGCCUCAUUGUGUACCGCGGCGGGUACGGGCUGCGCGGCAGCGGCGGCGGCGGCGGCGGCGCCGCCGGCAGUUACGGCGGCGGCGGCGGUUACACUGGCGGUUACGGCGGCGGCGGCUGCUACAGUCUGCAGCCGGGUGUGCUGGAGACGGCGCGGGCGAUGCUUGGAGAGCUGGACCACGAAAGCAGGGUGGCUCUGCAGUGUCGCUACGUGGGCUACGUGCUGGCGGGGCUGCUGCGGGCGGACCGGCUGUACGGCGGCGGCGCGGUGCGGGCGGCGGCGGCGCUGGCGGGCGAGAUGAGGCAGGACGUACAGGCGCUGCUGCUGGUCGCCGCCACCUGCCCCGACCGUGGUCUGAUGCUGGGCCGCACGCUGGGCGCCGCCGCGCUGGCGGCUCUGGCGGCCUCGCCCCUGUUUGGUCUGCUGGUGCUGGACGCCAGCGCCGAGGUGGAGGCCUUCUGGAGGGCCGUGGCGGACUACGCGGCGGCGGGGGCGGCGGCGGGGGGAGGAGCGGGAGGAGGAGGAGCGGGAGGAGGAGCGGGAGCGAAGGCGGCGGGAGGAGCGGGAGGAGCGGGAGCGAAGGCGGCGGGAGGAGGAGCGGGGGGAGGAGCGGGGGGAGGAGCGGGGGGAGGAGCGGGGGCAGGAGCGGGGGCAGGAGCGGGGGCAGGAGGGGCGGCAGGAGGGGAUGGAGGCGUGCAGACGGCGGCGAUGGCGGCCCUGGCGUCACGUGCCCUGGCGCAGACACUGUACAAGCAGGCCCGCUAUUUGGAGGCGGAGGCGGCCUGGCGCGGCGCCCUGACCGCGGCGGCCGCCACCCACGGCCCCGCGUCCCUGGAGGCGGCGGCCUGCCACAGCGGCCUGGGCGUGGCGCUGGGGGCGCAGGGGCGGCACCGGGAGGCGGAGGCGCAGCACAGCGCGGCGCUCAAGCUGCGGCGGGCGGCGCUGGGCGACCGGCACCUGGACGUGGCCGCCUCGCUGUCGCACGUGGGGCGGGUGCUCCGCAGCACCGGGCGGUACAGGGAGGCGGAGGCCGCCUACAGGGAGGCGCUGCAGGUCCGCACCUCUCUUCUGGGCGAGGACCACCCUGACGUUGCCGACGCGCUCAACAGCUGCGGCAUUGUGGCGGGGCUGCAGCGGAGGCACGCCGAGGAGGAGCAGCUGUACAGGAGGGCCCUGGCCAUCCGGCGCCGCGCGCUGGGUCCGGAGCACCCCGAGGUGGCUCAGUCGCUCAACAACAUCGGCACCGCGCUCACCAGCCAGGGCAGACACGCGCCCGCGGAGCAGGCCUUCCGCGAGGCCCUGGCCAUCAAGCGCCGCGUGCUGGGCCCCACACACCCCGCGGUGGGCACCUCGCUCAACAACAUCGCCCGGGCGCUGAGGUACCAGAACAAGCUGCCGGAGGCGGAGGCGGCGUGUCGGGAGGCGGUGGCGGUGCUGGAGGGCGGGCUGGGCCCCACACACCCCGCCGUUACCACGGCCGUGUCAAACCUCAUUUACCUGCUCAAGCGCCAGGGCAAGGACGACGACGCCGCGGCCAUCUACUCCGCGUAUCACCCGCGCUGGACGCCGGGGCUGGGCCAGAUGGAUGACGAGGCGAUGGCGGUGGUGGGCGCGGCGGCGCGCAAGGCGGCGGCGGCGGCGGGCGCCAAUGGUGGCGGCGGCGGCGGCGAGAGGCACAGCGGCGGCCAUGACAAGUCGCAUCCCACACACCGCGGCCACGGGCAUAAGCACGGGCAGGGGCAGGGGAACAAGCAGUCGCCAGGGUCAGGGCCGGGAGGCGACGGCGGCGGCGGUGGGGUGCGGGCUUCGCAGCAGCUGCACCGGGGCUCGGACGGCGGCGCCAGCAUUGCCGGCGGCCUGCCUCCGCCGCCUCAGCCACGGCGCAGCGCCGCAGGUGCUGCAGGUGGAGGCGGCGGUGCGGCGGGCGCAGGUGCGGGCGGGGGCGCGGGCAAGCCGCCCCUGGCGCCGCACGCACCGCCCGCGCAAGGCCCGGCCGCCGCCGGCACGCCGCCCCGCCCGGGUCGCGCCGAGCUUGCUGUCAAGGGCACCAGUGCCGCAUUUGGUGCCGCCAACGGCAAUGGCAAUGGCAAUGGCAAUGGCGCCGCCGCCGCCGCCGGGCCUGUCACUGAGGCGCGUGUGCCGGGAGGUGCUGGCGGCGGUGGCGGCGGCGCAGCGGCGGCAGGCCUGCAGGCGCCGCAGGCGCAGGCGGCGCCGCCGGUGCAGGCGCAGGGGUCUCCUGCGCUGCUCAGUCGCCUGGACGCGAGUGCGCUGCUGCGGCAGGCGAUGGCGGAGGCGGCGCGGCUGGCGCACGCAGACAUCAAGGCGAUGGAAGCGGCAGCGCGCACGCGGGUCUCCGGCGGCAAACGCGUCAGUGGCACCAACAUGCAGCAGCGGCCAGUCACCAGCAGCGCCUCGCCACCUGCGGGCGCCGCCGCCGCCGCCGCCGCCGCCGGCGUUGGAGGAAUCAAGGGGGUAAACGGCACGCCGGCGCCGUGGGCGGGCGCGCGUGCGCCGGCGGCGGCGGCGGCGCCAGCAGUGGCGGCAGCUGGCGGCGGCGCCGCCGCCGCGCCGGCUGGGGACCGCCGCGGUGUUGUCGUGAGCGAGCCGCGUGGAGUGGUGUCUGUGUCGGUGAAUGGCGGCGUUGCGGUUGGCGGCAGCGGCAGUGGCAGCGGCAGCGGCAGCGGCGGCUCCAAGUCACCUGCAGGUGCGGGUGGUGGUGCAGCAGCACCAGCACCAGCAGCAACAGCAGCAACAGCAGCAGCAACAGCAGCAGGACAGGGGGGUGUCAAAACAGCUAAUUGCGGCGGCGGCUCGCCGCUCAAGGUGGCAUUGCCGCAGCGGCCGAGCACGGCGGCAGCGGCGAUGCCAGACACCCCCAGCACAGCUGGCGGCGUUGGCAAGCGAUGAAAUGCUUGUACUUAUCCUCGUACGUCCUGUGCAAAUGCAAAGUUGCUACCGGUAUUCCAAGCAUGCAUUGCAAGAGACAGGCUAUGCCCUGCAGGAUGGCUCUGUGUGGCUUCUUUUUGACAAUGAUUUAGAAAUAGCGCAGGAAUGGCAACCGCCACUGCAACUACAUGAUGACAGAGUUUCUGGGCUAGAGUUAGGUACGAUGUUGGACAAUGUUACAUGAACACGUGACAUGACGCCCAUGUGGGAUUCAGUUGUGGGCUCGCGUAUUCAUAGAGCAAUUUGAGUUGAAACCGCGUGCUUUUGUGUUCGGGUUGGGUACAAGCCGGUCACGUGGAGCCGGUCGCGUUUGAAGGGGGCAGCAGGCGGUUGCAGCUGUGCAGCUGUGCGUGUGUGGACGGCGCAUUGGAAAGCAUGCCAUGGCAUGCCAUGGGAGGCUGGCAGCUGGAGAGUGACGACGGCUGGCCAGGGCCGUAUGUGUGAUCCAGUAUGUUUGGUCCGGUGCUGCGGCAGGCUUGGACAAGCGCGGUGCGGUGGCUUUGUCCUCUACAGAAGACGUUGAGCUUUGACACAGGGCAGCAGGCGCGCGAGCAAUACGGCGCCGGUAAAGCCACGCUGUGAUGCUAGUUACGGUACGGCAAAGCGUCUG